AUGACGCUCUUUGGGCGUAUAGAACGGCUUUCAAAACACCUCUCGGGACAACUCCAUUUCAUCUUGUCUAUGGCAAAGCGUGCCAUCUACCGCGGAGAGGCGCCUGAUCCAACUAACGAGCUUGAGGAGAUAAGACACUUGGCUUACGAGAACACCAAAAUCUACAAAGAAAAGACCAAAGCUCUCCAUGAUAGGAAGAUAGUGCCUAAGUCUUUCGCCGCUAACGACCAGGUUCUGCUUUUCAACUCAAGACUCAAGCUUUUUCCCGGCAAACUACGCUCAAGAUGGUCUGGCCCGUUCAAGAUAAAAGAAGUCAAGCCAUAUGGAGCAGUGGUUCUUUGGGACCCUAGUGGAGGAGACUUCACCGUAAACGGUCAGAGGCUAAAACCAUACCUAGCCAACUCGGAAAAGGGAAUAGAGGAAAUCAUACCUUUGGCCGAUGCACCACAAGAAUAA